CAUUUUUUCUUUUUUUUCUUUUCCUUUUGCUUGAAAAAUAAACUCACGUAGUUUAGUCACCGAUUAACGGAUGUUAAUGAAAUCAAUCAUUCACGGUCUUACUCUUUAAUCGGAGGAAUCCAGCGGCCAUAAGCGAUCCAAAUUCAAAUCUCGAAUCCAACGGCCACCAAACAAACCCCACCAAAAUAGCCGUUACAAGUGCGUCCAAGGCUCCCCAACGUUCACAUUUCCAUCCCCCCACACUCCGCCUCUUAAUCUCAUUCAAAACAAAAAGAUCUGAGAAAGAUUACUCUCUCUCUCUCUCUCAAAAACUCCAUUUUCACAAGAACUCCAUUUUCACAAAAACUCCAUCUUCAUCAAAGAAGCCAGACCCGUCUCCAUCAAUCUGCUUUCCGGGGAUUUUCAGAUGAUGGAUUCAAACGGCAAGAACGCCGGAAGCACGACUCCGGCGAAAACCCCACAACCCCAUCGAUCAAAGAUUCAAGAAGUUCCCAAAAUUUCUGAGAAUUUGAACCCUAAUUUCGGAAUCCCAGGUUCGAAACCUUCCAGUUCACCGGCAAUCAAGUCUGCGAAGUCCCAGAAAUCAGCCCCGAGAAUGGCUAACCCAGUCGCUUCUCCACGUAACAAGAUUCGAGAAAGAAAGUUCGUGGUGGCGAAGAAGAACCCGAACAAGAAGAAAGCAGGAGUGUCUGCAGUUACAUGUAGAUGCAAAGAGAAGAACGGGGGUAAUGUUCAUAAGUGUCUUUGCAUGGCUUACGAGAAUCUUAGGGUUUCUCAGGAAGAGUUCUUUAAGAACAGGGAUGGUAUGGAUGACCAGUGCGACUGGGAUCAGCCAUCCAACUGCGAAAGAGCUGAACUUGCAGGAGACGAAGAGAAGAAAAACCCCUCUUCGUUACAAAACCCUAAAACUGAGGAAGCGUAUGGAUUAGUGCAGGUUGAGGAAGGGGAUUUUCUGGUGAUGAAUGAGACAAUUGAGCCAGCGGGUGGAGUCGGUACAUCAACUGUUAAGAGAAGAAGGGAUAAGUUGUUGGAAGAAGCAAGGGAGAGCGUGCCUGAAGCAGGAUCUGGAAGAGUGAUGCAUUUGGUAAAGGCCUUUGAGAGACUCCUUUCAAUGCCAAGGUCAAAGGAAUCUGACCAGACAGAGGAAAAGGAAUCAGAAGAAAGCACCAAGAGGGGGAUGAAAUGGGCCUUACCAGGUUUGCAACCUAAGGCUCCAGAAACACGGGAAUCCUUAUCUUCACUUUGCCCGUCAGAGCUGUUCUUGACUUCAGAGAAUCUCGGUUUAGAUUCCCAGGUUUCUUCGUCAUGGGAUAGUAGUCGAGGAAGCAUUUCCAGCAGAACUUCUUGUGGGGGUCGGAGGAGCCGACGAAAUAACACUGAGUCAUCUGGGACUGCUGGGGGAAGGAAAUGGAGGAGGAGGCAGCUUAAGGCAACCAGCCAAAAGCCAUUCAAGCUGAGGACCGAGCAAAGGGGAAGAUGUAAGGAGGAAGAAUUUAUUAGGAAGGUGCAAGAAAUGAUAAUGGAAGAGGAGAAGAUGCGGAUACCUACUGCACAAGGUCUCCCGUGGACAACAGAUGAACCAGAGUGCUUAAUGAAGCCUCAAGUGAAAGAAUGCACUAGGCCAUUGAACGUGAAGCUACAUAGUGAUGUGCGGGCAGUGGAGCGUGCUGGCUUUGAUCAACAGGUGGCAGAGAAAAUGAGCCUGAUUGAGCAAUACAAGAUGGAAAAAGAGAGCCAGCAGAAGCUGGAAGAAGAAGAAGAAGUAAAGAGAUUGAGAAAGGAACUAAUUCCAAAGGCACAGCCAAUGCCUUAUUUUGACAGACCUUUUAUCCCUAGAAGGUCAAUGAAGCAUCCCACUAUUCCAAGAGAACCAAAUUUCCACAUACCCAAUCAUAAGAAGAUCAAGUGCUGUUUGUCAUGGAACGACAUCAACAUUUAUGAUUACAAUCAUCAUCACUGAGAGGCGCUGAUGACAAUGAAGAAUCUCCUCCUUAUCAACCAUUCAACAUUGUUUCUCCAUGGAUACCGAAUAAUGUCAACCCAUCGCCCUUCUUUGACGCCCAUCAGAUUUGUAAAUGAAGCUAUCAUUUUAUUUGCAAUUUUGGUUGAUGGAGAUAUUUUGGAUAGUUGAUGGGGUUUCUAUUCUUAAAAGCAGAAUAGACAUUUAAAAUAUAUAAUUAUUUGAUAUUUUACACGCACAGAAAAGGUGCGUUUUUCC